AUGGAUAAUUGGAAUAAUAUUUUAAAAAGAAAUAAAGAAUAUAUCAAAGCUACGAAUAAAAUAAAGACCCAAGUUGAAAAUAACAGAUUACAACAACUCGGAUUAACGAGUGGGGUCAAAACAAGACGAUUGAUGGCAGUUGAAACAUAUUUAAAUAAAGUUAUUCGUGAUGAAGAGGAAUCAGAUGAUUAUCCACCAAUCACAGAACAAAUAGACGAAUUGGAAGAGGAGAUAGCUAGAGAAAAAAGUGGACAAGGUAUAACUUUUUUAUCCGAUAACAAAGAAGAAUUGCUUAAUAGAUUACGAGUAAUAUUAGCGGCAAUGAAGGAAGGUCAUCGAUCGCACAGACAAUAUAAUGAAGUAAAUUGUAUAUUAAAAAGACUCCUAGAAAAAGGUAUCAUAGAUAAAAAUGAUUAUAAAAGCGUGAUUAAAAAUGUCAAAUAA